CGGGGUGGAGAGUGAGGAGCGGUGCGGUGCGGCUGAUUGACAGAGAGCCUGUGCUUGAGUCGGAGCCCAGCGUGUGGUAUCUGAUUCGGUUCUCACAGCCAGAGCAGCGGGACGAGUGAGGGAGACAUGGAAGACCCAGCUGGGUGAACCCACAGAGAACGCACAAGAUGCUUGGCUCUGCCUCCUACCUAUGCCAUAUUCUUGUUACGGCCACAAUUUUUCUUUCGAUUCCAGCUGGAGCAGAAAUUUUCAGAGCGAAAGAUGUUCUGUAUGGAAGAAUAGGAACAGAUAUUACCUUGGUGUGCAAUGCUGCUAAUGACAGGAUUAUUCAGUGGAAGGUUAAUGGGACCCUUGUGGCCUUAGCUAAUGAUACAAAAGUACAACAUGGAAAUCUUAUGUUGUUGGUGGCAGACUUGCCCGUGGAAGGAAAUUAUAGUUGCUACGACAAGACUGGAAGAUUGUUGCACUGGAUUCAAUUAAAACUUGGAUAUCCUCCAAGUAAGCCAUUGGUGCACUGCAUGGCAUCAAAUUUUUAUAGAAUUUCCUGCUCAUGGGAGAAGAAUCAAGAGGCAGCCUUUCCCACCAGUUACAUUGCGACCUAUAGGGCUCCAAGCAGCAAAGUUUUGAACUGUCCUACAGACUUGCUUAAUAAUAUUUGCCAGAUAGACAAUCCUCAGAUUUUUGCAUCCCUGCCAUAUGUUAUAAAUAUAACUGCAAUCAACCCUGUUGGCUACAGAACUACAUUGUUAGAAAUUGUGGCAAUGGAGAUUGUCCAGCCUGAUCCACCUGCAAAUUUAACAGCUGAGCCUGUUUUUGGAUCUCCUAGAAGGAUAAAAGUACAGUGGGAUUAUCCACCAUCGUGGGGUGAACGUUUCGAAUUAAAAUUUAUCUUGGAAUACAAACUCCAGCAAAAUCAUUUCUGGUCAAGGUUGGAGACUAAAACGAAAGCAGAAAUCAUCACCGAUGCUAUUGCUGCUCAGAUGUAUGUGAUUCGUGUUAAAGCAAAAGAUUCUUUUGACAAUGGGAAGUGGAGCGAUUGGAGUUCGGAAGUACUUGUCAUGACAUCGAGUGAAACAUCUACGGAAAGCAUCCAAACUACUGUCACCACAUUGAUGACGGACUUUGUGCACACAUACAGUCAACCAACAGAGCCUAGCUUUUCUUCAACUUCAAUCCUUUCAACCACAGGUUCUGAUGUCCUGGAUAGAGAGAUUGUCGUAUUGAUCUCGGUUACCGUCUCAGUUGGAAUAUCCAUAGCAGUUGCUACAUUUCUGUUAUGGAUCAGAAGGAAAAGACAAGAGUCAGAUAAGAAUGGCAUUUUGACCAAGAAGGCACUGCCUCUUUGUUAGUGUGCUCAGCUUACGUAUAGUCCUGAGGAAUUCCAACUACUAUCUCAUAUGGACAAUCUGUUCACUGUUUUACAGUUCUUCAGCUAACUGAAAAACAUUACGAAGAAACUGGCAACUGGCCUUUAAACUGAAGGAAACGUCCAGAGAUUGCCAACUAAAUAUUACAAGAUUGAGUUGGUUAAUUAUUUUGUCAUCAUCUACCAGUGCAACGUCCUUUUGCUUUACAAAACUGUGUUUAAAUGGAGUGGAAGGUGUUCUGUUUUUUUUCAGUGAGAUUGUUGUAUUUCCUGAAUAUAAUCACCCCUUGUUUUUCAUUGGUUUUUUCAGUCACCCUCUACUAUGCUUUCCAAAAUUUGGCUAUUGUGACACAAAUUUGUGUCCCAAAGCGACACAAAUUUUUGAUGCAGUUUUGUUUCUGCUAUGAGUUUAGUGAGAAACCAAGUUAAAGCAUGGAGAACCCCUGUACUGCAGUCUAAAAGGUCUGUAUUUUAUGGGCCACACAAAUUGAAGUCCUUUCUGAAGAUGAUACAAAGGACAGCUGCUGGAAGAAAAUGUGUUCUGCAUCAUAUAAGGUUUGCAAAAAUGACUGUAGUCUGCAAAAAAUAUGACCACUCUUAAUUAUAUUUGCUGCAGUAACCUGCAACAACAUGAUACCUUGCAAGAUUAUUCCAACAAGCUGGAGUUAAGCUGAGGAAAUGGUGAUUAUUUUGUUUAGAGGUCUGAGCUUGUUUUGCUUUUUGGUGCUUAUUUUAAAGCACUUUGCCAUUGAGAAAGGGAUUUCACCUGCAUUUUUUUUUUGGCAACAAUAGGAUUUUCUUUAUAGGCGAUCACUUCUAUCUUUUAACUUAAGCCACUUUGGUGUUAGGUGUAGAUAACAAGAGAAAACACAAAAGACUGAUUUUGGACACUACCUGUGAAUAUUUUUCAGCUUUAUUGAUCACUCUGGCAAUAGACAAGACAAAAUAAUGACCCCUUUUAAGAGCAGGUGGACGGUUAUUUUUUAAUGUUUUAGCACAGAUUGUCAAGAAGUUAAAUAAAUGGUCAUUUGGUUGUACAGAACUUGAGUAUUGCUGAAAUCGUACUGGUGCAUUAUCCAUGGCAGCGCCUCUACCAAUCAGAGUCCACUUGCCAAUCAAUCAGCACUCUUCUCAUGCAGUAUAAAUUGUUGUUCCUUUGUGAAUUGUCCUAAUGAGUACAAGACCUUUUCAGCAAUACUCAGAUCAAAUAAGUGUUGGGUAAAAAGCACAAAAAUUGUGAUGACACAGCCCCUUGGUUCGAAUGGUUUGAAUUUUCUUUUUGAUUUUGAAAUGUCAGACAUAUUUGGGAAACAUUGAGGAGGCUGUGAGCAAUUUGAUUUCCCCUAUUCCUGGAAGGAGGGGUUGGGGUGCUGGUGAAGGAAAAAUGCAAAUAAUUUUUUUGAAGGUCAUUCGUACACUCUGAAGUACUGAGUUUCUCUCUAUUGUCAUUUAUAACUGAACAAAUAUUCACUAAGUACUGAAAUAGUUACAGAUGCAGUGUAACUUAAUCCUAUUCCUGUAGGAGGCAUUUUAGAAAUUACAACACAGUGCUCAGUGUAAUAUUGGUCGUAUGUCACUUGCGGAAGUUUGAGAUAACUUCAGAGGCUUGUGUGUUUUUUUAAAUGUGAUGAGUAGAUUGAAUGUGUUUUGUUUGUGAAGCCAUUCAUGGUAAGGGGUGAACGACCUACAAAGAACAUGGAGAAAGCACAGUAAUUAUGCAUUAGGUAUUGAUAUGAAGGCAGCAUUUUAGAAUUGGUUGUGGUUACUUUUAUUUAGUGGGGCAUUAUUGUGAAAAAUAUUAGCCUGAUACCUAAGCACAAAAUCACAGAAUUGUUUCAGCACAGGAGGAGGCCAUUCAGCCCGCCAUAUCUGCGCCAGCUCUCUGUAAGAGAAAUGUACCUAGUGCCACUCCCCACCUUCUCCCAUAGCCCUGCACAUCCAUCCUUUUCGGAUAACAGUCCAAUCCCCUAUUGAAUGCCACGAUUGAACCUGGCUCCUCCACAUUCUCAGGAAGUGCACUCCAGAUCCCGGCCACUUACUGUGUGAAAGCUUUUCCUUAUGUCGCCAUUGCUUCUUUUGCUAUUACCUAUUGCCAUGGUGGAAGAUAUGAACCCCAGUGCAUUAACCUGGGCCUCUAGAUUAGUCAGUGAUAUUACCAUUAUGCCACCGCCUCCCCAGAUUGAAGGGAUAGGUCCACCAGUUACGUAUAAUCACAGUAUACAAUUAUACAAAUUACAGCAUUUAAUUUGUUUGUUUCUCCUCCUCUUCCCCAGCCAAAAGAACAGUUCUCCAAACCAUGAUAAUGAUUGUCUUUUUGAGAAGUUAUGUAGAUAUAAUGUAUGAAUACCAACAUUUUCUAUGUUGGUCCUAAUUCUAUACAAAUUGAUGUUUCCACCCCAACCCCAUCCACCACCCCUUAAAAUGCAUAUUUUAAAUUGCAGAAAGUUUGAGCAAAACAGUUAAAAACACAAACAAAAAAUAUAAAUUUAUUCUUAGAUGCUACUGAUGACUUUUUAAGUCCAGGUACAUCAUCCCAUUUGAAAUGCAGAAUAGAAGAUGCAAAUUUACAAUUUGGUUAUUGCACCACUAUUAAUUAAAUACACCAGAGUGAGCAUCAACUGCUGUGGCCCUAGAUGUGGCUGACUUAACUUGAGGGCCCUAACCAUACACAACCAACACUUAGUGGCACUCUGCAGUCAGCUAGCCAGUGUGCUUCAUCCAGAGAGAAUUACUUAAAUGGAUAAAUCUGAAAUGAAGCACAAGCACCAAUGGCUAACAUUUCCAACUCAAGUUGCCAAUAUUAUUGUGCCAUAAAGAGACAAUAAAUGCCAUCCACUUGGAUCCUUCAAUUUUACACCAUCAUAGGAGACCAUUUGGCCCUCUGCUUCUGUUGGUUCUUUGAGGGUUUAAUCCUAUUCUUGUCUUUACUCAAUGCAUUUAUAGACUCAUAGAUUGAUACGAACAUUAUGUAUGUAGGGGGAUGGUGGUUAGACAGUCACUUUGACACAUGCUUAAACCUUUUAAAGUGGUAAUGUAGCUCUGGCACUCGUUGGGAGGUAUCUAGAAUUGGUAAUGAGGAUACAGUUACUGACACUGAAAGCAAGUUAUUUACAAAAUUACCUUGCAGCAUCUUGCAGUUGAAGAAGUUUCUGGCUUUGCUGAAUAUAAUGCAUUUGCUAUAUCAUUGAUGUGUGAGUGACCAGUAGACUGAUAAUGCAGAUAUCACCUACAGUAGCUUGGAACGAACCCGUGAUAUAAAAUUGAGACUGUGCAGACUAAAAGUGUAUUUAAGGUUGUCUACAAGUCCCAAAGUUGUGGUUGCCUCCCAACCUAUCCUUUGCCUCAUAGACAGUGUUUCUCAAUUAUUGGCAGGCAUUUAUGCCAGGACCUACAAUUGCAAAUGGGUAGCGUAGAAACAGGGAGAAACAGUACACUUCUGGUACCCUGACAGUCCUCCUUUGUUCAUUCUUGUUCCACAAUUGGUACUGGAAAUUUCAGUUAAUAUAAUGAGGCAUGUUAUGAAUCACAUGUAAAAUUCAUAAUACAUCACAUCACAUGACAUGUUAACACAUUAAAAAGUUAACAUGUCUGCUGAGAAUCACGUAACUUGAAAUGUUCACAGCCCCAUUUGUAAUUUUCAGUGUGAAUUAAUGACACGAUUUUACAAUCUUUUAAAGUUCGUAUACCUCUCCUGUCUGAGCCAAGACUCUAGUACCUGAGCCACACAUGUAUGCAAUACUUCAAAAUACACCAAUUGCCUUGAUUUUUGAUAUACAAAAACAUUGUGACCUCUAGUGUUCACCCCACUUCAUAAGGGGUGAGAUCUAUCAGAAUAUCUUUAAAUGCUAAAAAAAAAAUUGUUUGCAAUCAUUACUGUAAAAUCAAAGUGAGAAAGUUGGCAUCCAUUUUUUAAAAAAAGUAAUUUCAGCAUUAAUUUUAAAUGUGUAACUCCAGGAAUUGCAGCUCCCAGGGGGCCCUAAUUAAAGUGUUACACUGACUAAGCUUUCCAGGCUAAGCCUUAUAGCCAGUGAUGCACCGUAAUUGGCUAGAGCUAGUAAAAAACAUCAACUACUGUUCUUGCUUCUGACUGCUAUCCAAUAAUUUGUAUUGGAAACUGAAUGGCUUAGUUGUGAUGCCUAACAACAUUCAUUCUUCAUUGUUACUUGCAUGGUCACUUAGAAGUAAUAUUCAAGGGUUGCUUUUGCCCUUACAGUCAUUCCCUUUAUCUUUUAAUUUGAGAACUUCCCCAGUCAAAGGCAAUAAUUCAGGCAAAGUAUUACAGAUGUAAAGAUUUAGGAGCAGAGGUGCAUGGGGACACCACCACCUGCAAGUUCCCCUCUAAGUCACUCACCAUCCUGACAUGGAACUAUAUCACCAUUCCUUCACUGUCGCUGGGUCAAAAUCCUGGAACGUGCUCCCUAACAACACUGGGUGUACCUACACCACAUAAACUGCAAUGAUCCAAGAAGUUGGGUUGCCACCACUUUCUCAAGGGCAGUCCAUACAAAUGCUGGCCAUGCUAGAGAUGCCAACAUUCCAUUAAUGAAUUAAAAUAAAAAUCAGCCUUGUUAUACUGUUUCUUAUAAUGCAAUUUUCCCAAAAUAGAUGUAACCAAUGCAAAUUACAUAAAGCAUAAAUCAAGUUUCUGAAAUUUUUAGCACUAGUCUAAAAAAAUAUGCUAGAUGCAGGCCCAGCCCAUAAGACUGGCUAACAUUCCCAGGAUGAAUUAACCAUUAUUUGGGAAUUUCCACUAAGUGCACUAUGGCUUUCGAGGAGGCCCUAAAAUUAAACUGACUCUUUUGUAGUCUUUUUCAAUCAUUUAAAUUCAGGUGAUGGAUUGCCACUGAUUUUAAAUGCUUAUAUUUUUGCGAUAACCCUAUUUUCAAUAAAAUAAAUCAAACUGCGCUCUUAAAUAUAUCAAGGAAUUUUGAAAAUAGCUCCUCUUUAAAAUUUUUUUUUACGCUGCCCAAAUGCUGGUUUGUGGCAGAUUUUGCAUUCAGCAGCAGCAUGAGCUGGAACGGAAACUUGAGGUGGGAAAAACCUUCCUAAAUUGCCCAGAUCACCAAUUACGCCCAAAGCCAUGACUCCGUGUUUAAAAUGAAGUUGAAUGGUAGGCCAGAAGUUGUAAUACAAAUUGUUCAAGCUUCAGUAAGCUAGAAAGCUCUUUCCUCAUAUUUUGAGGAAGUGCCAACUUCAAGAAAAGGGAGAAAAUUAGAAAAAUUCCAGCUGGUGUCAUACUGUGGAGUUGGGCUGCUUGGGACUGUGUGUUGAUGGAGCUUGACAAUUGUACCCCUUUGUGUGGUAAGUGAGAGCUUUUUUGACUUUGUCUACUAAGUGACAAGGAAAGAAUGUUGGUGUGUGGAACAAAAGGGUGGGUGAAGUUUUCCUUCAAGCUCUGAAUAAUUUUUAUGCAGAUUGUUUGAUUGGUAAUUUCUGCCUCCCAGUUAGGCUGAAUGUUGACAAAUUGUCAUUUGCUAAAAGAAUUGUCGAUGAUCACUGUCAUGUGCUGUCAACUCAUGUGGGUUUAGUACGUAAUGUGGAAUAACUCGCUUUAGACCCUACAAAUGGGUUAAAUAUUUUGGCAGAAGGUAACAGCUGUUUGCAGUAUCAUUUCACUUCAGCAUAGUGUAACUCUGCAAUGUUUUUAAAAUAUUUAUAUCUGACAGUAUAAAUUGUUCCAUUUCAUUGGGGUGACUGAAAUUUAGUGCAGGCAGUACAGUCCUUGCCAGUCAGGUUUGGCUGUCAACCAAACCAACCCUCAGUUGGAUCAGCACUUGUUUCUGGUAGUUUGGGAGAUUGCCCUGCUAUAAUGGCUUAGGUAAGAGAAAGUGUAGUUGUUUUCGAGGUGAAGGGAAAUAUAUUCCUGUAUUGGAGAUUUGAGCUUUGGAGAAAUUAGAGAAGUAGAAAUUAAUAGAAAAAGUACAGUACUAAUGCUGAAUUUAGAUUUUGCAGUAGUUUAUUAUAAACAAAGGGAAGGAAAUAUUUCAUUUUAAAAUCAAACAAUAAGUUACAAUUUCAUUUUAUUCAGAGAAGCUAUCAAUCUAAUCUGCUUUUGAGAGUCUAAAUUUAGUACUUGGUUUGUACAUCUCGUACAGAAAUGAAUGAAGAGAGAUUGUCAUUGCUGGAAAUACAAUUUUAAUAUCUCCAAAUAAAAAUUCCAUUACCAAGUACUCUUCAAAUAUAACUUAUGACCAUUCAUCAUCUUUAUACCUCUGCACCAGCUUUAUUCAACACUUUGGUGUAACAUUUUUUAAUAAGCUAUAAUCUGUUGGUUCCAAAAAACUGCCUCCUGUACAUAAAAUGUGAUUUUUUAAAAAUUGAAUAAAAACUAUUGUUACAAUUUUUUCUACCAUUUAUUUUAAGGAAAAUCUUGUCAAAUUUUUCACUACAGGAAAUAUGAAUGAUUUAAUUGCAUUUGAAGUUUAUUUUUCAUUAAAAUGUCUUGUUUGUUCAUUGAAUACCCUGUUUUUAAUUAUAUUGUAAUGGAAUAAUCUUGUAUCCAGUCAGUUUUUAAAAUAAACUGUUAAAAUAUCUGACAUUAAAAUUUUUUUUCAUAUUGAA